AUGAAAGUAUUAAGUCAACUAUUGGGAACUUAUUCAAAACACAAGAAACCAUUGAUUCUCUUUCGUUUACCAGACACGGAUACAUUAUUCUAUCGACUAUCAGAUAUUGUACCAUUAUUUGAUUUACCUACCAUAUCAUUUAAAGAAGGAAAUUAUGAAAACUGUUAUAGAGAUCAUGAAGACACUUAUCUCAAUACAAAAGUAUUAUCUGAACUAGCUCUUAAACAUAACCGUUACAUGUUGGCCGAACUUUGUAAAUUUAAGCCUGACGACUAUCAAAAGGGACUAGUCGAUGCCAUCCUACAGACAUUUCCUGAUUUCACUAGAGCUCCAAAAGAAGAACAUAUUUGGGAAUCAGUACAGUUGCCAUUAGAAAACUUCCAAGAUGUGAUUGAACGUGAAGGAGAGAUUGCGAUAAAGGCAGAACCACAAUCACCUCCAUCUAUACAUCAAGCUACUACUACUACUACUAGCAAUAUUCCAGAAACAAGAAAUGCUAUGGCUCUUGAUAAAGUACUGUUGAGCUCAAAUGAAUUAAAACGUCAAAGCAUGAUUGAUCAAGCCAACAAACGACAGCGUAUUAGUGGUACUUCACCUGGACAACAAUCGGACGAUAAAAGAACUGUAGCUUCUUCUUCAACAAGGCAGCUGGCAAGAAAGAUACACUCAUAUCCUGCUGGAGAAGCUGAACAGCACUCGUCCAAUAAGAAACGACUAUCGAUCAAACAUAAGAAUGCUUUGAAUCUGACCAUCUUUGCCCCCUCUUAUCACGAACAGCUGGCUGGUAUUCGUUCGGCUCCUAUCAAUUCCAAUUUCAGUCAAGCCGUUCUUCAACAAGCUCAUCAUCAAAAAUCAGGAUUAGGUCGAACGAAUGGAAUUCAUACUACUCAACACAAUGUACCCAUCGCACCUGCUCCCGCAUCCGCAACGGUAGCUAGGCCUGCUUUUGCCCACCAGCCGUCACCGAGAAGACAAGAAUUUGCCAUUCCUCCCAUCGUUCCCUCUCAACAGCAACCGCCUCACUCGGCUCAUCCUACUAGCCGAGAAAACCUGACAUACCAGCAAUAUAGUGCAUCCUACAAUUCCAAGCAUUACAACACACAACGAAACCUCGAACCGAUCGCUGUAUCAGCCGCGAACGUACCGCUGCCUCCAAAGACACCCACGACAAGCUCAUUUGCAGCCCUUCAGCGUCAACAAUACCUUCAACCAUUUGAGCAUUUGUUUGAUACCAUAGAAACGACACGUACGUUGAAAUCAACCCUGGACGACCAGAUCAGACGUUCAUCAUCACUAAUGCAGACACUCCAGGCGUCUGCCACGACCAUUGAGGGUCUCGUACGAAACCAAGUCAAGGAAGCUCAAUGGGAAUUUGUGUCUCAGUUUGAAAAAAAGGUGGAUGAACUCCUCAGACGGAUUGAGGCUGUUGAACAUCGCAUGAGUGAGACAGUGGAACGACAGCAACAGCAACAACAACAGCAACCAAAUCACCUUGAACCCAGAUCAUCAGCCAACCAUUCGUUACCUUCACCAUUGCCAAGUGCGACAAGAGAAGAACGUGCGGUAGCAGAAGACUUGGUGGCCAUGUCUGAAAAGAGACAAGAACAAGAUGAAUUGCAAACGCCGCCUACUAUCGUUCGGUCUCAGAAUGAUAUUGGUCCCCAUGAAUACCAGACCAUGUUGAACACACUUCGUGAUCGUCUUGAUCGCUUAGAGAGGCAAAUUGAGACUUGAUUCAUUAUUAUUAUAAUAAUAAAAUCUUUUGUACUUUUAUUUAUCGUAAUCGUUUUUACAAGGGGAAAAAAGGCUUGCUUCAUCUCCUUGCAUAAACAUGUCUUUUCCCAG